AUGGCAUUGAAUGGUGAAAGUGCUGGUGUAGAAGACGAUGAACAAGACGGAAGCGAUCGCAAUGCCACCGUUUCAAGGUCACCAGUGUCAACUGCUACCGAACACGAUCGACCCACGUCACGUAGCGAUUUGAACAGCGAACAGCAGUUGGAAUCCACCCACUCUGUAGACGAGGACAAAUCACUUGAUAGAUCUCACGAUCGAUCGUUAAGCGAUGACUCGAGGCAUGAUGGUGGGACCCCUCCAUUAUGUAAAAAUGGUGUGUUGGAUCUGUCUCGCCGCGGUUUGAGCCAACUUGAUCGCAAGUAUCGGAAGGAAUAUAGUAUUGUGAAAAAGCUCAUCAUUAGAAACAAUAGGUUCAAAAAUGUAGCAGGCUUCGACAUGUUCAAGCAAUGUGUCCAAGUUGAUGCCACUGAUAACCAGCUACAUAAGUUGUCAUCGUUCCUGCCACUAGCAAAAGCUCUUAAAGCUCUAUUCCUUUCUAACAACAAAAUCACUAGUAUUGAUUGCCUACGAUCGUUCAUUAAUUUGGAGACGUUAGACAUUUCAUGCAAUUGCAUUGAGAGUGUUCCUGCUGCACUUGAUAAUCCUCGUCUUUCGCGUCUGGAUUUAAGUUCGAAUAACAUUGCGUCUUUACCUGAUAUAUCUAGGUUACGAUCACUAACUCAUUUGGAUAUCUCGUCGAAUAGAAUCUCAUCAUUGAAAGGGAUUGUUUUCCCAAAGUAUCUUCUAACUUUUAAUGUCGCUUCCAAUUACAUCGAUGAUCUCACGGAAUUCAUGCGUUUGCUACCUCUGGAAAGGCUUGAAUCAAUUUCUUUAGCUAACAAUCCUUGCAUAUCGAGUUCAUCGUUCGAUCACCGCAUCUAUAUCUUGUCGAUAUUGCCUUCAUUGCAAGACAUUGAUGGAUUUGUGGUCAGCGAAGAAGAGCAACUUAAAGGAGAAUGGCUGUAUAGCCAAGGGAAAGGACGGUCCUUCAAGCCGGAUACUGGAUCGCAUACCGCACUCGUUAAGUAUUUAGAACGAUAUUGCCCCUAUGAUGUCGAUGGCAAACUUGUAUCAACUUUGGACCAAUCCAUCGUGAAGGUGAUGGAGAAACGGCGGGAGAUGCUGAAUCACAGCGGAAUCGACGAUGAUUCCUCCCAGUCUCUUAGCUUACAUUCUCCAUACAGAGCAUGGACCGCUCAACUAGAAGGGAAAGAGAAUCGAAUUCCUAGUUCAAUUUCGGCACGUUCGCCGUAUUCAUCUACACCUCAUCGAAACGUGCCCAUAACAUCAAGGCCUACUUCUCAUUUUGAGCCACUUUCUCGUACAUCGACUAUGGACUCAGUUGAUUCCUCCACCACUGUUACGCUCGUCGCAGCAGUAUUAGGCAGUCAAGAAAACUCUAAAGGCACAGCAUCCACUGCGACGACUGCUAGAGUAGAACGCGUUAUACGAGGACCCUCGCAAGAACGAGCAGCGCGCUUAGAUGAUGAUGGUGAUUCAAAGCAGGAUUCUGUUGAAUUCGAGGAAUCUCAACAAAUCGCAACAAAAAACUGUCGUAAAUCCUCUGAAUCAACUGAUCGCUGCCGUGAUCCUGGAAGCAAGCCUGAGCGCAACACCACUAGGGAGCGCUCUAUCGAGCAUAGCCGAUACCGACCAAGUCCUACUCCUGUUGUAACGGACAUCUCAAUUGACAUGGGACCAUCAAAAAGUAAAAACAAGAAUGAUCAUUUUGAGAAUUCAAUGCUCCGGCGAGUGAUGAGUCUGGAAGAUCGCGUUUCUGUUUUGUCCGAAGAGAAUGAUAAUCUCACAAGAAUAAAUGAUGAGCUGAGCAGGUUACUCGUGGAAAUGGCUGAUAAAUUUUCGAAUGAUGUCAAGUCGCUGAAAAGCGAGUUAGAAUCUAUGAAGGAAGCACGUUAUCCAGAACCGUGCAAUCUUCGGGUUGCACGUGAGUUGAGCGACGGUUGUUUCGAGAUCGUCUGGGAUUUGCCUAUGGUCAAAUGUUACAAGGUGCUCACGAAUGGAAUUGAAAGUGGUGUUGUUAAAGCACCGAAUAAUGCUGCUCGAAUCUCAGAUGUUGACCCGGAGGUUGAAAUCAGUAUCCAGUUACAGCCUCGCUGUUCUGUAGGGAUUUAUAACUACUGCUGCGACAAGGUGGAGGUCUCGCUGAUUCUGAGAUGGACCGAAGAUGCUUUGUCAGGAAACUGGUCGAAGGAGAACCCCAACAAAAUGAGUAGAGCUGACCUAUUGGCGGAAAUGAAAUUACGUCUGGCAGCUCAAAAGGAGGUGAAGUAG